AAAUAAUUAAUAUCGAACACAUGUAUAUGUGCAAAGUGAGUGGUUAGGGGCAAAGGAAAUGCCGCGUGGAACAUGGUGACAACUAUAAAAAUUACCUGCGAUGGCGUCUUCAUCCAAUCCAAUUCGUAUCUCACGCCUACGCAAACGAGCGCCGCCACAGCGGCAACUGUUGCAGCUGCAGCAACAGCAGCAGCAGCUGUUGCUACCGCCAAGGGACAUAGUUUGAGCAACGACAGCGACAACUCGCAGACAAGCAGCGGCAGCCAAACCACCAGCGCUACCCACCAGAGCCACAACAGUCACAGUGCCAAGUCCAAAUCCACGCGCUCCAAUUGCAGUCGACAUCAUCGAGGUGGGGGCGUGGCAGCCACGCAGGAUACUCGCAGGCGUUACUAUUACUUUGGCAGCAAGGAUGUCUAUUGGUGCAAGCAGAGCUUGACGCGCAGCGCCAGCAGUCUGGGCCACCGCGAAGCCCACAGCAGCACCACCUCAACCGCCGUCAGUAGCGGUGGCCAGCUAAUUGCCAAGGCGCGCCGCCGUCCGCUGCAGCUGUGCAGCAGCCUCAGUGCCGCUUAUGCACCGCCAAAGCGCAAGGAGUUCUACUUUUCUGACAAAUAUGCAUCCGCUGGCUCUGGCAACUCCAGCAGCAAUAGCAACAGCAUUAGCAGAGGCAAGCACACGGCUGCAGCAGCAGCAGAAACUAACGCAGGUGCGCAGCCAAUCGAUGUGCGUUUGCUGAACUUUCUGCGCAAUGCACAGCGCAAAUUUCAAUCAGCAACGACAACAGCAACAACAACAACUAAGCCAAAGUCUGAAAUCAACAGCAGAAGCAACACCAAAGAACGUGCCUCAGCAAGGAACUGGAGCAACAACAAUAAUAAAACCAGUAGCAACAGCAACAACAACAGCAACAGCAGUUCCCUGCCGCUGAUAAUCACUACCGAUGAUUGGUUUGACGAAGAGGCAAGCGAAGCAGCAAAGGAAGCACAGACAGGCGUAGCUAAGACAAACGACGAGGCGCUGAUAGCCGUUCGUAUCAAGCAGGGGAAACGGCAGCAAAUCCAAUUGAAACAAAAGAAACAACGCCAAACAACAGCAGCAGCAGCGCCAGCAGCAACAGCAGCAGCAGCUGGGGCAGGCGAACAGGCGACAAAGCCAACAGGUGAACCGAACCUUGGCAGCUGCAAGGUCGAGGAUAUGAACAGUCACGCGACCGCCACACAGAACGGACAAUCAACGGUCGUUGGCCAUCAUCGCGGCUACUCGCAGCCAUCGAUUGCUGCCACCGCCGCGACAGCCGCGUCCGGCGGUACUGCCGGCGAUCCAUGGUAUCUACAGGCGACUGGGCAUCAGAUGCCGCCAACCGCUCCGCUGAGGCACAAUAAACGGCCCGCACCACAGCCCAAUUCCCUGGGCGUGGUCGGCGUCGGCGUCGGUGUUGGUGUUGGUGCGGCAGCAACGCUGCUGCAUCAGCAACAGCUGAGUCAAUCCCAGCCACACAUUAUGCCGCCAAGCAUACCACCGCACCAUCAUCAUCAUCAUCGGGAGAACAAUGCGCACCAAACAGCAUCAGCAGCAACAGCCGCAACGGCUUUGCAUCUGUCAUCGCAUGCGUUAAAUAGUCAUAAUUUAAUCAACAAUCAUUCGCCAAAAUCGCCCAAUCAAACACAACAGCAGCAGCAGCAGACGACGACAAUACAACAGCAGCAACAGCAGCAACAUAGCAUACUGUCAACGUUUGCGCCCGCAACGGCAGCAGCAGCGGCAGCAACACAUGUCCAGGCCGAACAGGCGGCAGUAGCAGCAGCAUCUGUAACGGCAGCAGCCGUUGCCGCCGUCACCCAGCAGCAGCAGCAGCAACAUAUGCAGAUGCUGGCCAACUGCUCUUCCAGCAAUAAUCUAAUGUCCUCCUCGCUGACGCUACAAGCGCCGGUUGGCGUAUUGCCGCCAAAAAGCUUAGCCCUGAGCAGCAGCAACAGCGCGACCAGCAACAGCACCAGCUUGCCGCCAACAGUUGCCGGCAGUGGGAGCGCUACCAGCAACAGCAUUAACAACAACAACACCGCCAACAGCAACUGUAGCACCGGCAACAGCACCACAGGCAUGUCCACGUCGCUGCACAGCUUCGAUAUAAACGGCAGCGUCGGCGCCGGCACCAUGGACAAAUGGGCAAGUAGCUCCACAACUGCAAUGAAUCAUGCGUCGCUAUCGCCUACGGGCGCACCGCAGCAGCAUCACCUACGCAAAUGCGAGGUCAAACUGAAUGCAAUGCCCUGGUUCCAUGGCAGCAUAACGCGCGAUGAGGCGGAACACCUGCUGCAGCCACGCGAGGAUGGGCUAUUCCUAGUUCGUGAAUCGACCAAUUUUCCCGGCGAUUACACGCUGUGCGUUUGCUUUCAGGGCAAGGUUGAGCAUUAUCGUGUCAAAUAUCUGGAGAAUAAGUUAACUAUCGACGACGAGGAAUACUUUGAGAACCUGGGACAACUGGUUGCGCAUUAUGAAGCCGAUGCGGAUGGGCUGUGCACGCAGCUGGUUAAGUGUUUGCCCAAACUGGGAAAGCAAGAGUACUGCAUUAACUCCAAAGAGUUUGUGGAUAAGGGCUGGGUCAUACCUGAAUCGGAGCUCCAGCUGCGCGAAAGCAUUGGCAAAGGCGAGUUCGGCGAUGUCCUCUUAGGAAUAUUGCGCAACGAGAAAGUCGCUGUCAAGAUGCUCAAAGAUGAGGGCGCUGUGCAAAAGUUUCUCGCCGAGGCGUCAGUAAUGACAACGCUGGAGCACGAGAAUUUAGUCAAGUUUAUUGGCCUUGUUUUUACAAGCAAGCAUCUGUACUUGGUGACGGAAUACAUGAGCAAAGGAUCGCUGGUUGAUUAUUUGCGUUCUCGUGGACGACAGCACAUAACCAAAAAGGAUCAAAUCAACUUCGCAUUCGACACGGCCUCUGGCAUGGAGUAUCUGGAAGCCAAAAAGGUUGUGCAUCGAGAUUUGGCUGCACGUAAUGUUCUUAUCUCGGAGGAUUGUGUGGCCAAAGUAUCCGAUUUUGGUCUGGCACGCGAGGAAUGCUAUAAUCUUGACGUUGGCAAACUGCCCAUCAAAUGGACAGCUCCCGAGGCACUCAAAAAUGGCCGCUUCUCCAAUAAAUCGGAUAUGUGGAGUUUUGGUAUACUUCUGUGGGAAAUCUAUUCCUUUGGCCGCGUGCCUUAUCCCCGAAUCCCCUUGGCGGACGUGGUAAAACAUGUAGAAGUGGGCUACAAAAUGGAAGCACCCGAAGGUUGUCCAGCGGAGAUUUACGAGAUGAUGCGUCAGGCGUGGGACUUGAAUCCAGUGAAAAGGCCAACAUUUGCGGAGCUGAAAGUGAAGUUGCAACAGCUAAACAAUGCAACAGCGUGAGAGGCGUGUGAAAGCCAAACAACAAUAUUUAAAAUUAGAAAUUAAAAGGAAAUCAUUUCAACAACUAA